AUGAAACUGAACACAAAAUGGCAGUCAUGGUGGUGGAUGGUGAGUGUAGUGGUUGUUCUUUUCAUAUCAACGGCACAGCCAGUAAUUUCACAGAAGAUCGAUAGGAAUAACACAAUGAUCAGGUGGUAUUGUAGUUACUACCGAGGCAUGAACGGGCAAGUUUUUCUUAAAAACCUCAACACCACCCUUUCUAGCCUCAGAAAGCAGUUAUCCCGAGUCAAUAAUUACCACGUCGUUUCAAAGACUGUGAUUAAUGGCGAAUCCGUCUAUGGUCAAGCUUUGUGCAGGGCACAUCUCUCGACUGCAGAGUGUCUAUCUUGUUUUGACUCAGCUGUUUCUUAUUUGAAAGUAUGUGGCAUGGGAAAUGGUGCUCAUGUUUUCUAUGAUGACUGCGACCUCAGGUAUGAGAACAAAAACUUCUACAAUGAUGCUAUAAUGAAAACUGGUACUAUUGCAAUAUGUGGCAAUACUACAUCUUCGCAUCCAAAGGAACAAAAGAAAACAGCAAGUGGGUUGCUUUCAGAUCUUCGGAUCGCAAUACCAAGAAUACCAAGUUACUUUGCUGCUUCCACAAGGCAAAUUACUGGAACCAAUGAAACAGUGUAUGCAAUUGCACAAUGUGGCCGCAACAUAAGCCAGAGUAUGUGUGCAGAAUGUUUAAAGAUCAGAUUUAGAUUAUUAGAUAAUUGUCUUCCUAGUACGUCAGGAAAGGCGAUUGACGAUGGAUGUUUUAUGAGGUAUUCGGAAAUUCCAUUUUUUGAAGCCAAUCAAACAACUGAUAUCGCAUCUUUCUUAACGAAUGGUCCAUAUCAGUUUGACACUCCAAUUUUAGCGGUUGGAUCUCUAUAUACUUAUACUUAUCACACCGGCCAUGAGAAGAAUUGCUAUUCAAGAAAUUUGAGAUCCAUUAUUGGCGGAAUUGUUGGUGGUAUAGGAUUUCUGUUGCUAAUCCUUGCAUUUUUCUUCUGGCGUCGUCAAUACAAAAAGUCAAAACACCUCAGAGAAGAUAACUCAACUGGAGCAAUCGACUUGUUGCAAAGGACAACCGCUUAUACCUACAAAGAUUUAAAAAUUGCUACAAAUAACUUUUCGAAUGAAAAUAUAAUCGGAGGCGGGUUUAACAUGUUGUAUAAGGGUGUUAUGAAGGAUCAAGUUACUGUUGCAAUAAUGAAAAUUGUCGUAGCAUCUAAGAGGGGAAAAACCGACUUAGAUAGUGAAAUCCAAAUUAUCAGUAAUGUUCAUCACCGCUAUCUCAUACGUUUCCUUGGAUGUUGUCGUAAAGGAUCUCACAUGUAUCUUGUCCUUGAGUACAUGGAAAAUGGUAGCCUUGAUAAAUUUCUCUAUGGUGAUAAACGGGGUACCCUAAAUUGGCAACAAAGGUUUGAUAUAAUAUAUGGUACAGCCAGGGGUCUUGCAUAUCUACAUGAUCAGUACCAUGUCACAAUCAUUCAUAGCGAUAUAAAACCCAGCAACAUUUUGUUGGACGAUGAAUUUCAACCGAAAAUUUCUGAUUUUGGGCUACUAAAACUAUUGCCAGAAGAUAAAAGUCAUCUCAGCACCAAAGUUAGCGCCAAAGUUACAGGCACCUUGUUUAAUGGAUAUAUAGCACCUGAAUACGCAAUUAACGGGCAGUGCUCUGAGAAAGUUGAUGUAUACAGCUUUGGUGUCGUCAUCCUCGAAAUCAUUAGUGGAAAAUGCUCCAAUGACAUGCUUCAAAAUGAAUUUCUGUUACUAAAACUCGUUGAUCAUGCAAGGAGUCUAUAUGAAAACGACGAUCAUUUGAAUCUCAUGGACGUUACACUAGAUCCAAAUGAAUAUAUAAAAGAAGAUGCAAAGAAAAUCAUAGAGAUAGCGUUGAUGUGCAUACAUUCAACGGCUUCAGCGAGACCAUCGAUGUCUGACGUGGUUAUACUUUUAAGUGGACUUUCAUCGGAGGUAAAACGUCCAACGAGAUCUAUGAUGGACGAUUCUGAUAUGAGAAUUCAAGUAGAACUCAAGUAA